AUGAACUAUAUGACGCAGAACGCCGGCAAGAUGGACCCUGAGAUAGAAUAUGAUGACUGCGACGACCUGUGGAUAGGCUGGCUUGUUCCUGUCGGUGAUGACCCCGUGAACUGGAAUUUUGCGAUAAACAUCGGCUACGCGUUACGGAACUUUAACGGAUAUUCUUCCGUCAUUUGCGCUGGCAACAUCUUUGGCCAGGACGACUACUACCGGAACCCGGAGCAGGGUAAUGCGGGAGAGAUCAAUUGUCGCUGCUACAGGGGCGAUUGA